UGAUAUUUGUCAGUCGUGUUUUGAGAAGCACUUGUGUUGGUUGUGUCAUUGUUCGUGUGCGCAAUUCGAUAUCGUGUGCAUAUUACGUGUUUACUUUCGUUAGUAAUUGUGUCCUCUUUGGAUACGUGAAGGUCACAUUUGAUAAGAAGUCGAGUAAGGUCGAGGCCCGCAAGACGAGAAAAUUCUGUCAUAAACCCGAUAUCCAUAGGACGUGGCUGAAAGGAAACUAUAAACAUAGUGCGCAUGCGUGGAACUAAUUCAGUGCCGCGUAGUUCAAUGACUCAUUAUACCAACAUUUCGCUUGGGAAACGCUAGUUGCGCCCGUUAUGCAAAUAUUUUUGUAAGAACUGAUACAGUGAUAACAAAAUGACGCCGGGCGUAGAUGAUUCGUGUGUGACACAUUGUAAUAAUAACAUCGUACCGCUGUUGCCGAGAAAUUCAGUGCGUUUGGAGUUUAAGAAUUUAUCAUGCACGAUUACAAUGUUUUCAAUGCAGAAGAUGGGAUUCGAAAAAAAGCAUAUCCUAAAGGGCGUAAAUGGAUGUUUCAAGCCUGGAGAACUGACGGCCAUCAUGGGUCCUUCAGGCGCUGGAAAAAGUACUCUUCUUAAUAUAUUAGCUGGCUAUUCAACUCAAGGCGCACACGGCGAGAUCAUAGUGAACGGAACAAGCUCGUGCGCAUCGAAGUCAGCAGGCAGAGGCGGCGCGCGAUACAUUCGCCAACAAGAUGACCUCCGGAUACAUCUAACUGUAUACGAAUCCAUGUCUCUUGCAGCGGCUCUUAAACUGGCCGACUUCUCAUCACACGAACGGAAAGAGAAAGUGUACGAGGUCCUUUCGUUGCUAGGCCUAAGUGCGACGACACAGACAGUAUGUCGCGAUCUCUCCGGAGGUCAGAAGCGGAGACUUGCCGUAGCUUUAGAACUAUUGUCAGAUCCAUCAUUACUAUUCCUCGACGAACCAACUACGGGAUUAGACUCUUCAGCGUCAGCUUCGUUGAUCGCAUUGCUAAGUGGCUUAGCGCGUGGUGGGAGAACCGUGGUAGCAACUAUCCACCAGCCGUCAGCGCUGAUCUUUGAGAAAAUUGACACAGUCUACUGCCUCUCUGCUGGGAAGACGCUUUAUUCGGGAUCAAGGUCAAAUCUGAUACCGGCGCUUGAUUCUGCUGAUCUACGAUGCCCACCUUACCACAAUCCCGCUGAUUUUCUAAUGGAACUGGCGUCCAGUGAAUAUGACGUUGAUCUGGAGAAAGCUGCCAAGACAAUGGAGAGAUUUAAGCCGGAACUGCCAGCCACGCAAAGUGUCGAAGAAAACAUACCUGUGAUAUCUACCCUACAUACUCCUAUAACUUUAGAUACUAAGAAAAGUAAAGAAAAAUGUCUGAAGAGCAACGCCAAAUAUCAGCAAAACUGUUCCAAAAACAUGUACAAGCCAUCAGGUCCAUUUAGACAAACAUGGAUCUUAUUAUAUAGGAAUUAUUUAAUGACAACGAGAAAUUAUUCUCUGUUUAUGUACCGGGUGGCAGCCCACGUGGUAAUAGCGCUAAUAUUUGGAUACCUCUACCUUGGAGUUGGAAGCGAAGCAAGUAGUGUCUUAGGAAAUUAUGUAUAUUUGUAUGGGUCGAUGUUGCUCGUCGUCUACACUGGCAAAAUGUCCGUGACACUUUCAUUUCCCCUUGAGAUGGCGAUACUAAAAGGAGAAUACUUCAAUCGAUGGUACAGCUUAGGUCCAUAUAUAUUUUCAAUACUUGCUGUGGAGUUACCAUUUCAGAUGAUAUCCUGCGUGUCCUACGUAGUACUAUCGUAUUGGCUGACUGACAAUCCCUUAGAGCCAAAUCGAGCUACUCUCUUCCUGGCUACUAUAGUUGCGACGUCCCUUUGUGCCCAGGCCUGGGGUUAUUUCAUUGGAUCAACGACACCAACCAAGAUUGCUGUUUUCAUCGGUCCAGUGCUUGCGUGCCUCUUCUCAGUGUUUGGAUUCUGUUUGGCCUUAAGAGAUACACCAUAUGCUUUCCGAUGGCUGCAUCAUAUAUCAUACUUCCGAGCUGGAUUCCAUUUAGCAGUUCAUUCCGUAUACGGCUUUAAUAGGACAAAAAUGCACUGUUCUAAAAUUUACUGCCACUACAUAACGCCGAGUACCUUCCUCAAAGAAAUGGACAUGGCUGAUAUAGAUGUAGGUAGUAAUAUCGCUUUAGUACUUUCCACCACAGUGUUGAUGCACAUACUCACUUGUACUGCACUUUGGUACAGAUUAAACAAAAGAUGAUUUAUUGUAUUGUCAUUAAGGUUCAACCUUAAUUCGGGUUAAAGUUUAUAUUAUAUGCUGUAUUAUGUUUUGUACUUAUAUCUCCCGGUUUUUUUCUUAUGACAGUUUUGUUAAUGAACGAUGACUUUGACAAUUGACAGUUAUGUCUAACUCGGUAAAGGCUGUCUAUAGUUCAAUUGUAUCUCAAAUUAAAAUGUAUAAUCUAUGUAAGUCUAGUGAAUUCUAAAACUUGGAGCUUUUCUACUUUUUUGUCUAUCAUUAUUUCUGUAACGAUGCUAAUUUUUAUGUUUUUAAUAUUCUAUGUAAAGAAAUGAGAUUAAAUUCGUGUUUGUCCAAAGUCUUCGAGAUGUGGUUCUUUGAAAUUAGUUUGUUCCAUUUUUUGUGUUCAAUACAAAUAUUAGUGAAUUUUAUUAGCUGAUUGCUUAUCUAAAAUUUCAAUAUGUAUUAUAUAAUCUCUAGAUAAGUGAACGCCUUGAAAUCAUUGUUACCUUAGAGUUUAUAGUUAACCGCUCUUGCCUCAAAACGGUGAUUGUCAUUUUAGAAUUUAGCUUUUUAAGGUUAGUUAUUUAGUAAUAAUUUAAACAAGUAUUAGUACGUUAUUUAUUAUAUACUUGCCUUGCGUUUUAGUCAUAACAUUAUUACGUAUAGAGAAGUGUGUAGCCAAGGAUUUUUUACCAAACAAAAGUCUUAAGUUCGAAAUAAAAAUAUAAAAGUUAAUAAAUAGUAGUUUGAACGAAGCGGAGACUAAACUUUUGGUGAAAUUCUUGUUUACACAUUUCUAAAUAGUCUCGAAUGUAUCGCAGAGAAUGUAGUUUUAAGUAGAGGAUAGACUAUACUACAUUGUAUGGUCUGUAUUUUGUCAAAGUAUCUAUCAAUAAGGUGUAGGUGUAAGCUUUAAUUUAUAUAUUAUAUCAAUGCUUUAUGAUAAUGUUAAGUGAUAACAGGAGACUUAGUCAAGCGUACGUAGCAACAUUAGAGUAUGUAGAAAGUCGAAAACUAAAUUUGUAUGAAAAUUUAUCGACACGAACUGUCAUUUUCAUACAAACCGAGUUUUCGACUUUCUGCGUGUGUACGCAGUAGUGUUACUGUUAAGGCAUCUUGACUAAGCCCCCAGGUUGUAUAAAAGUAAACUUUGGUUUAAAAUAGCUAUAGCUAUGGAGUUAUUUAAGAAAUAAUAAAUAAAUAAAAUAUUUAUGAAUAUCAAAAUAAUUUAGCAAAUGAAAUGGUAAUUUCAGUGAUGUCGUUUUACAUCAAUUUUUUGGCAUCAAACCCGAAGAGGUUUAAAACGACAUGUUAUUUAUUACUAAAAAUAUGCCAUUAAAUAAUAGAGAAAAUAUCAAAUCAGAUUCUAAUUAAAUCAGUGACAAAUGUAAUAAUUAAAAUUGAAUAGUACAAAUUAUAAUUGUAUUAAUUAUAUAUGAUAAAAGUUUAUUUUUUAUAAAAACUUUCUUGAUGUUAAUUUAUAACUUAUAUCAACCCUUGUGAUAAUAUUUGCCUCAACAAGAAAGGUACUAUUAGACAAAGUGAUGACACUUGUUCAUGCCACAACUGUAUUAAGCGAGUUACUUAAAAUAAAAUAUUUUAUUUUUGAA